AGAGCCGUUUCGUUCGCCACCGACACAUCACUAAGAAGAAGAAUUAGAAGCGCUGGAUUGACCCUCUUGUUUUCUACUCGGACAGUUAAGCGUAGAAAGCAGAGCUAAAAACGGAGGAGCUCUUCUGGCAUUAAAACAAACAACCGCACUAAAGCAUUUAAAGCUAAGUUAGCAGUUUGACAGCUAGCCGAGCAGCGGAUACGAGCCGCGAGCCAACAUGGACUCUUGGGUUCGCUUUAAUGCCCAGAGCCAAGCCAAGGAGAGAGUUUUCAGGGCUGCACAGUAUGCUUGCGCGCUGCUCGGAUCCACUCUGCAAAAUGACGAAGCAGCUGAGAUCCGCAGAACUGUCAGUCAGCUGGAGGCACACAUGAGUCUGACAAGAAAGUUGCUACGCCUGGGCAACUCCGUGGAGGCCCUGGAGGCCGCCAAAAGGGCCAUACACCUCUCUGACAGCGUGCUGCGGCUGUGCCUGACCAUCAGUCACCUUAACAGAGCCAUGUACUUUGCCUGCGACAAUGUGCUGUGGGCGGGAAAAACCGGUCUCAUCUCCAAACUCGACCAGCACAAGUGGAGUCAGAGAUCUUUCAGGUACUACCUCUUUGCUUUGAUCCUGAACCUGACCCGAGAUGCCUACGAGCUCCAUCUCCUCAUGGAGCGCGAAGCACGUUCCACAACCAGCAAACAGCCUUCCUCCCCCAGCAUUCCUCUGCCACCUGACCACCUUCCCUCUUCCUCCUCACCUGCCACACAAGCCAUGGGUUUUGGCUGGCUCUACAGACAGCUUCAUCUGGUGGGGACUGUGCUGUACAGCAACCCGCCACUGCUGUUGGACCUGGUGAAGAACAGUUGUGAUGUCUUCAUCCCACUGGACCGGUUGGGGAUUUACCCUACAGGUCCAGGCUUUGUCGGGGCUUGUGGCCUGGCCUCGUCCGUCCUGUCCAUCCUCACCAUGGUUCACCCCUGGCUCAAGCUCAAGCCAUAAAUUGUAAGACUUGGAGGAGAUAUUCAUUUGAGGACUAGUAAGGAUUGAGAAAAAUCUACUCGGGUUAACAAAAUGUAUUUCCCCCGAUUCUACACAAAGCAGUCCUGACUGCAGGAGCCGUAGUACUGCCACCAUGCUGUGUGAUCGAGUUCCUUCAAAUCUCUUGCUACAGAAAAGCUGAGGAGUUUCUAAAAUGCUAAACCAGUUUCACAUAUUACUUCAGACCUGCAUGAACACGGUUGUUUGGCCUUAGAUCACAUUGCUGCUUUAAAGCCCUCGCUUCCCUCAUGUGAAGUAAACCAUGCUAGUUGCUGCCGUUCUGCACAUAACCAUCACAUCUCCAGCUGUCUAUGACCGUGUCUGUAACAGAGUGUAAUCAAGGCAGUACUGUCUGUUGAUAUCACAGAACGUGUGAUUUCUGCCCUCUGUGUUUAAAGUUUUUACAUCAUGUGAUUUUACCGCCUGCUCCCAGCAAGUUUGUUUUAGAUAUUCUGUUUUUGAACUACUAAGUGACUUAACUACUGGAGAAAUAAAUCCAAAGGAAUUUGA